AUGACCUCGCGCCGUCAACGUACGCGUAUGCCAAACUUUACAGUUGCAGAGGAGAAUGUGCUGAGGGCAUUGACAGCAAAAUAUUUUAACCAGAUUGAGGAGAAGACCUCGAAUGCGCAUGUCUGGCGCGCCAAGAAUCGGGCCUGGGAGGACAUAGCCAUAGAGUUUUUCAAAAAUACGAAUAUUCAGCGAUCGGCUGUUAAGCUUAAGUCCAAAUAUGAGACGAUGAAGAAACUCAAUAAACUAGCGAAUAUGUCGGUAAAGACCGAGCCAACACUGGUCGAAGAUUCGCUUCGAUUAGUGGAUCAAAGCGGCGAAGUUGGAGAGUCUCAGAUGGGAUUGGUUCAGGUUGAAGCUGAGCAGGCAAAGUUAUUAGCUCGCGUCAAAACAGAGAUUCAAUCUGAAGAAGAAGCAGAUGUGGUUGACCAAGAUCAGACCAUGUCCGUGCACCAUCAUGCAGAGAACUCAUUCGGUGAUGAUGAUCAGAUCAUGUCCGAAUCCCAAUUUGAUAAUAAUUGCAAAAUCGAAUCAACACCGUCCACAGAGAAAGGUGUUAAGGAUAUACGAGAGCUUGUGCAGCAGUAUACAAACUUUAAUCAGGGCGGCGAUGAACAAAUAAUUGUUGCCAAGAACACUAUCCCCUGUAGGCAAACAGGAAUAGAAUCUUUGCAGUGCAGCCAUGGCGAACAGCUUGAUCUAACUACGAUCUUAACAAAAAAACUAUUGAAAACCCGUUUCAAGCCUUCCAGAGAACUGAGUGGUACUCAGAAAUCGUUGGCCGCUCAAUUCCGCUAUUAUCGUAACUCUGAUAUCAGAGCUCAACAGAAACAUUUGGCGGAACUCAAGAAUCUUGAAGUUCAGCGCAAAAUUCUAGAGCUCGAAUUGAAGAUCAAACAAAAAGAGUUUGACAAAAAUUGUUAAUAAAUGUUUCUUUGAAAGAUAAAUACAUUAAUGAUAUUAUAUUGGAAA